AUGAAGUUUUUUUUGCUAGAUUCACCACUGCUCUGCGGCCAUCGACCAAACUCUGAGUGGUUGAUGACCUUGGGCUUACAAGUUAGGGCCUGCAUAAGGUUUCAAGCGCCUGGGCGCUUCAAGCCAAGCCAAGCGUCGAACGCUUGCCGGAGCGUCUCAGGCCGCAUGCCAGGCUUGCAUGUGCUGCCCUCCACUGUGGCAAACGGCCACGAAACUGCAAUACACAAGCUAAGGGGUGAGGAUGCUCAAGAAGGGGAAGUGGUCAAGGAGGAGGAUGACUUGAUCAUCAACUACAUUCAGAGGCAUGGCAGCAUCGGUCGGAGUUGGCAGUCCUUGUCCGACAGUUUAGGGCUGAGGCGGUGCGGGCGGAGCUGCCGUUCCCGGUGGCUGAACUACCUCCGCGCGGGUCUGAAGCACGGCAAUUUCACGCUGGCCGAGGAGAGGAUCAUCUGCGAGAUGUACAGCAAGAAGGGAAGCUGCUGGUCCGUCAUCGCCGCUCAGCUUCCCGGGAGGACCGACCUCGCCAUCAAGAACUACUGGAACAGCACGCUCAAGAAGAAGUACCUGCUCCCAGCGGCGAGAAGAACCGCCGCCACCUGGGGCCGCCGGACCUGCCCGACCGGCAGCACGUCGUCCGACUCCGCCGGGGUUCCGGCUCGGGGCCUGCAGCUAGUUGUCUACAGCAGCGAGGAGAGCUCCACGGCUGGGUCCUCCAGCCCCGUCGUCAAGCCCGUCCUGGCCGGCCCGACGCCGGUUCAGGUCGCUGCCGCCGGCCAAGAACCGAUCGCGUCGGUCCCAGUUAGUGGACCGGUGGUGGGGAUCGAGCAGAAGCCGGCCUUGGUGACCCGACUGCCUCUGGAGAAGACGCUGCCGCUGCCGCUGCUGCUGCCGCCACCGCCACCACCGGCCGGUGGUCAGGUUGGAGAGAGGCUCAUGGACCUCGUCUGCAUUCCCCUGUCUCCGAUCCCUCUGAACUUCAUGGAACCGGAGCUGCUGGCUUGCAUCGACGGCUUCGAUGACACUGAGAGCUUCUUGCCAUGGUUUGAUCAUCACUGA